CGAUAAACAUACAAAAAUCAGGAAAGAGUAAAAUAAUAUUACACAGCACUGUACUAGCUCCGACUACUACUACCACCACUACCACUUAUGAUGAUGACGGCGAUGACGAUGGCGAAGAUGAAGGUGAUGGUGGUGGUGAUGAUGAUGAUGAUGAUGAUGAAGCCAAACAAAGUGUCGUCACGGUCACGUGUCGUCAUCUGCUCCACAGCCCGCGCUCGCGCCUUUUUUUUUUCGCCCUCUCUUGUUUGUGUGUGUGUAUGUGAAAUUUAAGAAGGCUCACACACUUGCAAAGCGAGCACGAGCGAACUCACGCGUAGCGACAGACGAGAAGACGACGAUGACGAUGAUGAUGAUAUUCUUUCUUUUACUACUCUGCAUACACUGUCCGGUCAGUAUGUCAGUGACGGUGAGCUCUCCAAAAACUAAAGUGGAGGUCCAUGAACACACAGAUGCUGUUCUGUCCUGCGACUUUCGCACUGAGAAGGACCAGAAUCCUCGAAUUGAGUGGAAGAAGAAAGAAAAAGCCGUGACCUUUGUCUACUUCAAUCACAAAUUUACCAGCUCGUAUGCAGGCCGGGCCAAAAUGGAGGGAGCCACUCUGACCAUCCACUCUGUGACACAAAAAGACUCCGGGGAGUAUCGCUGUGAGGUGACCGCCGGCGAUGACCACGUCAGCUUCGGAGAGGCCACCGUCACCCUCGAUGUACACGUGCCGCCCCACAUCCCGUCUUGCGAAGUGCCCCACUCGGUGUUUGUGGGCUCCGACCUGGAGCUCCUGUGCAAAGACAAGCAGAGCGUGCCCCCGGCGACGUACAGCUGGUACAAAGAUAACAGGGCCCUGAAGGUCUCGUCCAACACGCCGUACAGCAUGGACACGCGCAGAGGCACCCUGAAGUUUACAAGCGUUUCCAAAGUGGAUUCUGGGAUGUAUCGCUGCGAGUCCUCCAACAGUGUGGGGGCACCCAAAAGCUGCGUGGCACAACAACUAAAAGUUAUUGACUAUCCGGUGGAUACCGCCAUUUUGAUCGCUGGCGCUUCAGGUUUUGUGGUUCUCACGCUCCUCUGCUGCAUCUGUGUGUGUGUAUGCCGACGUCAAGGAUGCUGCAAGAAAGAGAAGAAAACAAAAAGUUUGUCUUGCAGCGCCAAGUCGUACAACCCUCCUCCUCCUCCACCCAUCCACAAUAUCAAGACCUACAAACCAACUCAGUCCUUCAUGAUCUGAUUCGUGCAAUGAGGGUCAAACCAAUCCAGAAUUCAACAUGUUAUUCUUCAAUGCACUGGACUGUUUAGCCCACGCUGGUAUUUUCUCAAAGACCAAAACCUAAAGCAGACUUUUGUCAUAAUCUUUGCUGGACCCCUCCCAGACACAAAUGUGGCUCAAGGGCAAUUUCUGCCAUGUCUAUGUAACACAGGGUUCAAAGUUUUAUGCAGGUUUGAUUAUUUGCUAUUUCUGUGAGGAGUGAAGGAGUUGCACUCUCACUAAAGGUGCCAGUAUUACACUCAUGCCCGUUCACUUAUUUUGACAAACUAGCAAAGAUUCCGAUUGCAUUUGAUCUAUUUUUCCAUACACAGAACCUUUAUUUUUCUUGUUACUAUGUUCAUAUUCUUCGUUUUACAACACUGUAUGUGUUUGUGUGUAAAUGUGUGAUAGUUACUCUCUUUCACUUUUGUUUGCGUGUGACUUAAGAAACAAUUGAACGGGUGUCUGCAAACACUGAAGGAUCUUUGUAUACAGUUCGACAUUUAUAUUUUCACAAAUUUCACAUCUGCCUUUGUAGAAGAAAAUGGAGGUUGUGCAUUUUUUUUUUCAAUUCAAACCUCCUAUUUCAA